UACAGGUCUUGUCUGCCACAAGAAAUCGUGCCUGAUCAAUUGCAUCGUUUUUGUUGGAGCGUAGGCUGAUGGUGCCAGAAGAGAACGGGCGUGAUGGUAGUGCUGGUGGUGGUGGUAGCGCUCAGUCUGGCGGCGGCGAUGGUGGUGGUGGUGGUGGCACUCCCGCCGCCGCCUCCUUGUCGAAUAGCGUUGCGACGAAACGAGCCCCAAAGAUACUGCCCUCCACGCAUGUUGAAGCACAUCAAUUUCUACCGAUUCUCAUGGAUAGCAGCCCUGAAGACAGAUUGAUGGACCUGAUCAAUAACAAAGACUGGGAUGGUCAUACUGUCUAUGAUAGGCAGAAAGGUAUCUUCACAACUGCACUGUAUCUCGCCAUUGAGGCUGAGAACACUUCUGCAAUAUCCUGGCUGCUCAAAUGGUCUCCGACUAAGGUAAAAGACAUCUUAGAAGCAGAUCCAUCCAAUAAUGGUACCACGGCUCUGCAUGAAGCUGCCACUAAUGAAAACCCUGCCAUUGUUUCAAAACUGCUAAACCAGCUGAGGGAUGCAAAGCAAGUUAAUGUCGUUGAUAAAGAUGGCAAUACUCCCUUGCACACUGCUGUGAAACGACAGAACGUGAAAGUGAUACAAGCGCUCUUACGGGAAGGUGCGGAUCCAUGCCAAAAGAAUAUCAAGGGGGACGCGCCGUUACACAUUGCAGUCAAAAUACGUGGCAAGCUUCAAGUUCUGAAGGAGUUGCUCUCCCGCGAAGCCCAGGUGGACACCCCUGACUUGGAGAAGGGCCAGACUCCUCUGCACCUUGCAGUCCUGCAGAUGAUAAAGGAGUUGGAGUUAAAGGAGUCGAAGUUAAAGAAGUUACGCAUAAAGCAGCAGGAGCUACAAGAGCAGCAUAAGGAGCUUUCCCGACAUCUACAACAGCAGCACGAGGAGCUUUCCCGUGUGGAACAACAUCUACAACAGCAGCAUAAGGAGCUUUCCCGUGUGGAACAACAUCUACAAGAGCAGCAGGACAUGAUUGUUCUGUUGAUUGCCAAAGGUGCUGAUCCGUGCCGAAAAGACAAGGAGGGAGCGUCUUCGUUGCACCUGGCGUUACAAGGGAAUGAGUCGGUUUUUCAACUGCUACUGCACACAGCCUUGAAGCCACGAUUCCAAAAGGCUUGCUCAGUGGAAGAUGUCACGAAUGCCUUGGAGGAGCUGCGGAUCCAAGAAGGUGGAGAUUUUAGUGACAAACUGGAAGCUCUAAAAUAUGGUUGGAACAUCCACAAUGUUUAUGCUGACAAAACCGCACUACACCUUGCAAGCGAAUUUGGAAAUGUAAGUCUGGUGAAAGCGAUGCUGAACGUCCAUGGAAAAAGUAAGAUUGACGUACGGAAGCAAGACGAACUCGGCAACACUGCUCUUCAUUUCGCUGCUUCGAAUUAUGUUGAAAUCGUAGCAGGGGAGAGCCCUGGCCAAGGGGAAGUCGCAAUCGUCAAAGCAUUACUGGAAGCAGGUGUGGACAUUAACAAAAAGAAUAAGCUUGGGCACACUCCUUUGCAUUUUGCCGUUGGACAAAAGAGAGCUGACAUUGCUCGCAAAUUACGCGACAAAGGUGCUGAUUUUCGCUUAGAAGAUGAGACAGGAGCUGGAGUAUUGCACUUUGCUGCUAGAGGAGGGGGUAAAGAUAUCUUCGAGUUGCUGGAUCCGAAGGGCCUGGAAGUGAACCGAGCUACUAAAGCAGGUCUGACUCCGUUGCACUUUGCUGCUUGGAAUGGGAACAGUGUUGCACUCGAGUGGUUGCUGAAAAUUAAUGACAUCAAGCUAGAUGCGGAGGACAAGGUUGAGAAAGGACUGCCAUGGCAUUGGGCGGCUAUGGGUGGCAACAGAGACUGUCUUGGCAUACUCAUACGUGAACAUGUGAAAAGAAAGAUACGGGUGUUUCCACGAAGUCACAAGGACUGGCACCGGGCAUUCCAGCGUAUUGAAGAUCAUGGUCAAGCCCACAUAAUUGAUUGGGUGCCGUGGCGGUUCCUGCAUAACGAUGGAGUGUUGGAGCCUGGUAUAUUGUCGUCUGCUGUUGCAUAUGGAGACAGUAUAACGAAUGAGCUCUUAGCGAAGAAGUUGGGUACAAGAGAAACUGGGCCAGGGCCAGGGGACUCUGUUCAUGAGCUUGUGGAGGAAUCACGGCUACUGGAAUGGGCUGCUUUGAGUGCCACUACCAGAUGCACAGAAUUCGGUGGCAAAGGCCUGUUCAACAGAGUAAAGCCUGUGAUGGAGUUCGUGAUGAAGAAGUACACCAACGUGAAAGGAAUCAAUGAUCAACUCAGGUUAGCUUUUAAGAUUGCUUUCUCGCAUGGAGAACAGGAUGAGCUGCGGGGAAGGGAGAUCUUCGCAACCUGCAUGGCAAAGUGCUUCACCCAGGAAUUACCCGAUAUGAUCAAGGAAGCUGUGUGGAAGGAACUGGACAUUAUCUUUGAAGACAAAUAUCGAAAAUUGCCAAGCAAGUACAAGGAUGCCUUCGACGACGUGAGUGAACUGGCGAAAGAUGUUCCUGUGGCUUAUUGGGAGGCAAAACUUGAAGAAGACAGAAGCAAGGACUUGAAGGCCAUCUCGCAAGAGAAAAACUCGAAAAAGAAAUAUAACGACGAAGAAGGACGUAGGAGGAAACAGCUGGCUCAACGUUUGAAACAGUUGUCGGAAAAGUUCAUCAAAGAUUAUCCCAACGACACAGGCCACCGGACAGGUCGGACUGCUUUGCACUGGGCUGCCAUCUUCAAGGAGCGCGAGACAAUGAUUACCUUGUCUCGCAAAGGCUGCAAACCAGACAUCUGCGAUAGCUUCGGCAAGCCACCUUACUGGGACGCACAAUGGAUGGGUGAGGAGGAUGCUGUCAUGCUGAACUGCCUCAAGUGGGGCAGCUACACUGAGAGCUUGCACAAGGACCGGCAGAUGUUCGUGGAUGCCUUAAACGCGAUACUGGUUGGAUCAGCUCUCAUUGCCAGUGUCACGUUCGGAGGCUUAUUGAAUCCGCCACUGGGGUACAAACUUAAGUUCAAGGACAGGGAGUAUGUGUCAGUCGACAGACCAGGUGUGGUUGUGUUCUGGGUUGCCAACAGUUUGUCCUUCUUUUUCGCCAUGGCCAGUGCUCUGGCAGGAGUCACCGGGGUCCUGCCUUCUCCCGACAAAUUCAACCUGAGACUCCUUCGCCGUCUCCGACACACACUCAUUGCCGCAGCAGUCAUGCUCGUCAUCUCCAUCAUCUUCGUCCUCGUGGCAUUUGGAGCCGCAGGAUUCUCAGAAUUGCCAUCUUCGGGAAAGUACCCGACCAGCAUGAUCGCCACUUCUGUCCCCGGGGGUUUGGUCUGCUUAGCUCCUCUCUGCACGUUCAUCUACGCAGUUUACAACCUGAAUUCCCGGAAGCUCAGGUUCUUCGACUCGCAGCCCAGCAAAGCAGGUCAGGGGAGCGAUGGUCAGAAAAAUACCAUCUCGAAGCUUCUUGAUGCUCUGAAACGGUGCUUUAAAUUGCAAGAUCAUUCGGAGGUUGGGGGCAUGAGUUUCGGCAGUGAAACGCUUGAAGAGCUUCUAAGUUCUCAGGGUUCACCUCAGAGACGGAAAAGGUAUGCGCGUGCUCAGCGACCUUGGGAAGAUGGUUUGGAUUCCCUGGUUCCGGAUGAUCAGACGGAUGGUCAGACUGAAACGGAUGGUCAGACGGAUGGUCAGACUAAAACGGAUGGUCAGACGGUCAUAACAGUAAACCCAGGUCCCUGAACCGAAUCUAGUGGUUCAUUCAUGUGCUCAAGCUGAAACAUUUCGAAAUGCUCAUCCGCUGCUCGAUCAGACCAUCACAUCGAAUGUAUAUCAGUGUGAUCACUAAGAUUAUUUACAGAAAAGCGUUACCGUCCAAAGACGCUCCGCUCCGUCUCUGAAAACGUAGAGCCUCCAUCGGACACUGGGCUGGCGAGCCUUAAGCUGCGUUGGGCUAGAAAUCAGAAGAAAGUGAGAUCUUACCGCUGACUUUAUUGGUCUCAGCUGACCUUCUCCUGCAUUGAAACAAGGAUAAGCAUCGCCA